AUGGACAUCGACGAUUUGGACUCCUUGGGAUCGAAUUCCAACAAAGGCUCGCAGGCCUCCGUGGCAUCAGAUGACGGAGAGCCUCCCCCGGCUCCACCUGCUCCUUUGCUGAGCCCAUCUGCCCACAACUAUGCCCGUGUCAAGCAGGAGCGCUUGCGAAUGGGUGAGGUGGACAGUUUCCGAGGCAUCAACAGCGCAGACAUUUCCCAAGAACAAGCGCAGCAGAGCAUCGACUCGCGAUUCCGCAGCAAGGUCGAGGCGGUGCUAAAGCGCCUCCUGGCUUUUGCACGCUCGCCAGGCGAGCUGGCGACCUUUUUGGCCACGGAGCUGCACGCCACCAAAGUGAAGUGCGGCUACGCGUUGUGCCUGAUCGGUGAGCCGGCCGACUCGAUGAUAGUGCUCGUGGACGGCUACGCGCAGGUUCAUGCCAAGGAGAUUGGUGCAGUCGGAGUCCUCGGGCCGGGUGCAUCAUUCGGCGAGGCUGCGCUUAUGGGGCUUCUGCACGUUCGCACGGCGACGGUGCAAGCACUCCAGGAUUGCAUGGUGGUAGAGCUUCGACAAGAGGUGCUGGAGAGGGCCAAGUUUCGGCGGGUGAAGGAGUCACUGCUGCUUCUGGCAUAUGAGAGAUGCCAGCAAUCGCAGCAGUGCGUGCCAAUGUGCGCACUACCCCUUGGCAUUUCGCCACAAGAUUCCUGUGCCGCGAUCGUGGCGCUGCAUGCAGAGCGCAUGGACAUACCUCCAGGUGAGGCGUGGCUGCCAAUGCCGGACUCGCACCCCGCUGGGCCCCACUUUGGCGUUCUCGUGGCUGGUUUUGCCCACAUAGAGGUGGGUGGACGGCGAGUGUCACGGUUGAAGGCAGGCAGCUUUGUACCAGAAGGCGUUUUGGCCGACAGUGGUGCGAUCAUUCGGGCAGCCUCCAACUGCUUGGCGUACCGAGUUCCGCAGUAUGAUCUGCUGCUGGCGGUGGGCUCGCGGCCGGAUUGUCGGGAUUGGUAUGACAGGUGCCGUGAGCAUGAGCGACAAGCACGUGAGGCGCUGGGGCAGCGCCUGCGCACUGCUUUCAAGGCGACAGCCUUGUCACCGGCUCGCCCAGCCACGAGCCCCUGCGGCCUGCAGGCCAAAGCGGCUCCGAAGUGCGUGCUCAAGGCACCUCCAGUUUUCCCGGUUGAGGACAACCGUCGAAGGAUUCCCCAGCGCCGGAAGAAGGGCAGCAGAGCUUUCGAGCAUCAGAAGGCGAUGGAAAAGUCAAGCCAAGUUCCUCUGAAGUGCAGCUCUACCACGCGGCUCGACCGCAGCCGAAGUUAUGGCUGCCCACUUUCCCAGAGAUCCUCGUCCAAGACGAGGUCCGCGUCCCAAGGUGCUCUUUCGCGGUCGGACUCACAUGGUUCACAUGCUUCACAUGGUGCACUGCCAGUAGUGCACCCAUCGGCAUUGCCAAGUGGUGUCAGCAAGGGGCCCAGGAAACGUUUCACCACAGUCUUCGACGUAGCACCCGCAGGGGACUUGUAUCACUGCACGUCAACGAACCGUCCUGCAACGGUUGGAUAA